AUGGCAACUAAAUAACCUAAUCAAAAAUCGUAGUCUCAAAUUGCAUAAUAGAAUCCUGCUUAGCAACCUGCUAAAGAUCAAAAACCUGCACAACAACCUGCUAAAGAUGGGAAAAGUUCGACUGCUAUUCCUGCUGCUAACGCAAAAGAAAAUGGAAAUAAAGAUGCUAAUUAGGAAAAUAAAAGCUAAAAUCAGAAUUAAAAUAGUAAAACCAAUUUAUAGCCUCAAUAAAACGAUCCUAAUCAGAGAAAAGGAAGCAACAUAGCACUUCCUAACAAUUUGUAGCAGUAAAGUUAGUAAGAAAAAAAUAAUAAAAACAGUAUUUCUAAAGAUUUAGUUUCAAAUGAUAAUUAGUAACCUGGAUAAUAAAAAUCAAAUAAUAGUGUAACAGCUGCAAAGCAUUAGGGAGCAAAUUCAGAUUUAAUGGGAAAUUUUUUUGAUUCUUUUAAUUAAAUCCAGUAACCAGUCCAUUUGGAAUAGCAGAAUUAAGAAACUAACAACCAAUAGCAAGAAGAAAAAGAUGAUUUAGACUUUAAAGAUUAAGAAGACGAUAAUCUGAAACCUAUUCCCACAGAUGAUCCUAAGGAAUUAGAAAGACGUAAAAACUAGGCAGAAAUGUUUAAAAAGUAUCUUGACAAUACAGGAAUAUCUAUGGCAUUUUAAAUUAUUUAUGCAGAAAUAUUAUCUAAAAAGAUAAACGCUGAAAAUGUAUUUGGUUAUACUGCUAUGAGACUUAGAUAGAUAGGUAAUGAUCUAGCAGCAAUCCAGCAUAAGGUAAAAAAGUGA